AUGUCAUCUUCAUGGACAAAGCUUAGAAGAUAUCUCGCAGGAAAGCCCUCAAAGACGGGAUUGCAAACUGAUUCACUCCCGAAUAGAAAAACGCCAAUAGAAUGUACUCUGGGGAAGAUGAUGAUAAAGGUUAAUCCAGAUACUGGAUCGUUAGAAUAUAUGGGAGAAAUAGGACAAGGAGAAUAUAUAAAACUGGAUCACACAGAUCUUCAAAAUAUUAAGGAGAGAAUGGAAGAGUUAGAAGACGAGAAUAGAUUACUUAAAUUAAAGAAUGAAAUUCUGUUAGAUUUGCUGUCCUCAACGACAUUGGACGCAAAAUAUAUGGAACAAACUUUGUUAAAAAUUAAGAAUGAAGGAUUCCAUUCUAUAAAUAAUCAGGAAGAAGAAGAGAAGGAAAAGAGGGAAAAGAAGGAGAGGAAGGAGAAGGAAAAGAAGGAAAAGAAGGAAAAGAAAAGAAUGCAAUCAACAAAUGAACAAGUUGUAAAGAGGGAUGUACCAAAGAGGCAAAUAUCAUCAAGUCAUGGUAAUACAGUGCGAGCUUAA